AUGUCUACCUACGCUGGCAAGAAAGCCGUCAUCAUCGGCGGCACCCACGGGAUGGGCCUCGCAACCGCCGAGCUCCUCCUCGCCUCCGGCGCCGACGUCCUCUUGACAGGCCGCAGCCAGCCCCCCAUUGCCUCUGCAAAGGCCAAACUCGGCGACAAAGCCCACAUCGUCCAAGCAGACAUCACCUCGCUCGCGAACAUAACCCGCCUCGUCUCCGACACAAAGGCGGCCUUCGGCGACGACGCCCAGAUCGACUUCCUCUUCAUCAACGCCGGCUACGCAGCCCUCGAGCCCGUCGCCGCCGUAACCGAAGAGUCCUUCCGACGCACCAUCGACACUAAUGUCUUUGGCGCCUUCUUCACAGCGCAGCAAUUCAUCCCGCUUGUCCGGGACGGCGGCGCAAUCGUCUUUACCAGCUCCGUCUCGGCGAAAUUCGGGUUCCUGGGUAUGGGCGUCUAUUCGAUUGGCAAGGCCGGUGUGUCUUCCUUUGUGCAGACGCUGGCUGCGGAGCUGGCGCCGCGGAAGAUCCGGGUUAAUGCUGUGACGCCCGGUUUCAUUAAGACGCCCACGAUGGGCGUGUCCGGUGUUUCGGCAGAGGACCUUGUAGGGUUUGAGGCGGAGGGAGCAAAGCUUACACCACUGAACCGCAUCGGAAACCCCGAGGAGGUGGCAAAGGCGGCGGUUUUCUUGGCUUUUGAGGCGACGUUUACGACUGGGACUGAGCUUUUUGUUGACGGUGGAUUGGUGACUAUGCAGAAGGAACACUAG